AUGCUUAUAUGUGAGUUCAAGCAGAGAAGGCUCCUGCACAUAGUGCCAGAUGACUAUUGUGAAAGAUAUUGCAAGGGCAUCUACAACGAAACAAUCAGAUUAAGGACGUGCGAUGACUCGGAUACAAAUUUUAUAGUCACCAACGAAUAUCAGUUGAUUCUGACAGAUGGAUUUCUAGAAAUCAAAUGGAGCAGAGUCGAUCCAAAUAUAACCAACCUAACCCCGAUCAGCGAAGAGAGAAACUUGAAAUUAAAAGAUCUGAUAGUAUCAGACACUAACCCUGCUAUACGAGGAAGGGAUUAUUUAAAACAACUUGGUGUUGAGACGGUAACUCGCUUUGAAAAGCAAUUGAAUACCUUUAAAGCAAUAGAGAGAAAUGUUCAUUUCCUCCAUGGACCAAAAUCUCUUAAAUUGAAUUUUCAAAGUACGGUUAACUUGAAGGAAAUAAUUGACUAUAUAAAAGAGACCAGUAAUGACAUAAAGGAAUUAGAAAUUAAUGGAAAUAUUGAAACUACUGAAGAUCUUAGGCUUGAGGAAGAUGUUUUUAAAGGAAAGCCAAAUAUAACAUCAUUAACCUUAACUGGAUUUAAUAUUGUGAACUUAUCCACCAAAGUAUUUACUCCUUUGGUUAAUUUGCAAAAACUGGUGAUAUCAAAAUGUACAAUUGGUGAUUUGACCUUUUUAAGCAACCUUCAAAAAAGUCUUCAGCACUUGGUACUGGAAACCAACGAGGUGGUUGAUAUAAAAUACUUUGCAAAUUUUUCCAAUCUCAAAUUAAUCAAGGUCAUUCAUUACAUUGCCGAUGAGAACUACACAGGUUUAAUAUGCCAGCAAAAUAGUUGUAAUUUUUUGCAGGGAAUCUAUGGCGUAAAAUGCCCCGAAAAAUGCCUUUGCCAUUACAUUUACAAGACUUUGGAACUCAAUAUAAACUGCAGCGGUAGAGGUCUAUCAGAAAUUCCGCCUAUACCCAUUCCCCAUAUCGGAAGUGUAAGCCUAAUAUUCAAAGAUAACAAUCUAAGCCAUUUACCAACUAGCCACUUAGGUGGUUAUAAAAUGCUUAAAAAGUUAGAUGUUUCGAGAAACAAGUUAACCGGUUUCCAUGUCAACCAACUUCCUAUAAAAUUGGAUUAUUUUGAUAUCAGCUUUAAUCAAAUAACUAAGAUAAACAGAGAAAUGAUAAAAUAUAUAAAAUCCAUAGCCAUAUUUAAGCAGACGGGCAAUGCAUGGAUUGUUUAUUGCGAUGAUGAGCCUUUAUUGGGCUUAUUUAAGCAUCUUAAAAUGAAUAUUCUAAUGAGAGAAGCUGAAAUGCGACCUGUAUUUAAAAAGUUACUACCUGUUUCACCAGAAGGGUUUAUUAAAUAUUUAGGCCAACACUUGAUUAGACUUGGCGAAAGAAAGAAUGAAUACUUCAUGAUCAAUGAAGGCCUAUUGGUGCCAAGUAUGGUUCAGAAAAUUAAAGACGUUGAUAUAAUCAUGAGCAUCUAUAAGUCCAUGGAAUGGUUGCAUCAAAAACUCCGCUCUGAUAACUCCGAAUAUGAGCUUUAUUAUUAUCAGAAUAUGUCAGUGGCCUGCCCAUAUAAAUGCGAAUGUUGUCAUAAUCGCCGCACUAGUAAUUUAGGAAUUGAUUGCAGGAACACAUUUUUACAUAAUUUCCCGGACGUGGUCCCUAAAAAUCUUUCCUUAAAUCAAAAGGAACAUAUAUCACACCUGCUUGAACUGCAUUUAUCAGGAAAUAAUAUAACAACAGUAACCCUAGACAUGCUACCAGAGAACCUUGGGUUACUAGACCUGCGUAACAACAGCUUGAAAGCCCUUGAUAAUAAGGUAGUUAACUUUCUAAUUCAUUUUAACGACUCCAUCGAAAUUAAGCUGUCAGGGAAUCUUUGGAAUUGUGGCUGUGAAUCAAGAUCUUUACUGUCUUUUUUGAGAGACCACGAAUCACUAGAAUAUAAUAUAACCCUAAACCGUUGCAAUAUAUCUCAAGAGGAUUGUCCUGAUAAAUGUGUUUGUUGCCUGGAUAACUCAACAAGUUCCUCCUUUAUAGUCGAUUGCCGAGGAGAAAAGCUCCAAAAGAUGCCAAAGCUAUCCGGCAAGGUGACCUAUGUGGAUUUAAGGAAAAACAAUAUUACGGAACUACAUCCAAGGGAUCGUCUUUUUAUCGAGAAUAGAACGCAGACAUCUCCCUUAAUAUUGCGGAUGCUUGACAAUCCUUGGUCUUGUUCUUGCAAGGACAUAGAAAAUCUAAACUUCAUGAAAAGCAUAUCUUCAAGUAUUGUGGACUUUACGGAUAUAUUCUGUAGCAGUGGUGAAAAACUCGUCUCGAUAGAUCAGGAUUUCAUAUGUCCUUCUGCUUUCGCCUAUUACUUGGCAUUGGCGAUCUCCCUUUUAGCCAUGAUCAUUGCCAUUAACUUUAUGAUAUGCUUCAGGCAGCCGCUUUUAGUUUGGUUCUACGAGCACGAUGUGUGUUUGAGCCUGGCCGCACGACGAGAACUGGAUGAGUCGAAGAAGUUUGAUGCCUUUCUGGCCUUUACCCACAAGGACGAGGCCCUGGUGGAGGAGUUCGUGGAGAAGCUGGAACACGGGAGACCCAGGUUCCGACUCUGCUUCUACUUGCGAGAUUGGUUAGCGGGGGAAUCCAUUGCCGAUUGCAUCGGAAAUUCUGUCAGAGACUCUCGGCGUAUCAUUAUCCUAAUGACGGAUAACUUCAUGAAAUCCACUUGGGGUCGCCUCGAGUUCCGACUUGCUCUCCAUGCCACGUCAAAAGAUCGAUGCAAGCGCCUGAUUGUUGUUCUUUACCCGGAUGUUAAGAACUUCGAAAGCCUGGACAGCGAGCUGAGGACGUAUAUGGUCUUCAACACCUAUCUGGAGAGGAGCAAUCCAAAUUUCUGGAACAAGCUGAUCUAUUCGAUGCCGCAUGCAAAACUGCGUUACGAUUAA